AUCUGGAUCUCCCCCCCUCCUCUUCCGCACCGUCAUGGCUCAAGAGGCGGAUCGCCCAGCGCCCUUCUCCGAGAAGGCACAGCUUCCCUUCUGCUGCUCUGCAUCAGCCGCUGGUGUUACACACGCACCAGCGCCACAGGCAAGCGAUGGGAAAGGCUGACAAGAAGACCAAGGCGAAGAAUGGAGAGGAGGAGAUGACGUCUUUUGAGGCGGUCAGACAAGCCAAGGCCAAGCUGAAGGAAUUGAAGAAGGUGGUGCCCAUGGACGAGGACGACAACGGCGGUUCGUCGGACGACGAGCCAGCGCCCAAAGCAAAGGCCAAGGCAAAGCCCGCAGCCGCCAAGAAGGCCGCAGCGGCAGACUCGGAUGACGAGUCCACCGAGGAUGGAGCUGCCCCAAAGGCUAAGGCGAAGGCGAAGGCGAAGCCUGCAGCCAAGCCUGCAGACGACGACGACAGUGACUCCGACAACGACGACGACAAGCCACCUCCGAAAGCCAAGGCCCAGGCCAAGCUGGCAGCCAAGCCGGCGGACGACAGCGAGUCGGAGGACGAACCAGCUCCGAAGGCGAAGGCAAAGGCAAAGGCGAAGCCCGCAGCCAAGCCUGCGGACGAUGACGACGACAGUGAUGAAGACGAUGAUGAGCCGCCUCCGAAAGCAAAGGCGAAGGCAAAGGCGAAGCCCGCAGCCAAGCCCGCCGACGACAGCGACGACGACAGUGACGAGGAGCCGGCUCCGAAGGCAAAAGCCAAGGCAAAGGCGAAGCCCGCAGCCAAGCCCGCCGACGACAGCGACGACGACAGUGACGAGGAGCCGGCUCCGAAGGCAAAAGCCAAGGCAAAGGCGAAGCCCGCAGCCAAGCCCGCCGACGACAGCGACGACGACAGUGACGAGGAGCCGGCUCCGAAGGCAAAAGCCAAGGCAAAGGCGAAGCCCGCAGCCAAGCCCGCCGACGACAGCGACGACGACAGUGACGAGGAGCCGGCUCCGAAGGCAAAAGCCAAGGCAAAGGCGAAGCCCGCAGCCAAGCCCGCCGACGACAGCGACGACGACAGUGACGAGGAGCCGGCUCCGAAGGCAAAAGCCAAGGCAAAGGCGAAGCCCGCAGCCAAGCCCGCCGACGACAGCGACGACGACAGUGACGAGCCGGCUCCCAAGGCGAAAGCAAAGGCAAAGGCCGCAGCCAAGCCUGCGGAUGAUGACGACGACAGUGACGAUGACGAUGACGAGCCGCCGCCGAAAGCAAAGGCGAAAGCAAAGGCUACCCCCGCAGCUAAGCCUGUGGACGACGACAGCGACUCCGACGACGAGCCCGCUCCGAAGGCCAAGGCAAAGGCAAAGGCGAAGCCGGCAGCUAAGCUUGCCGAUGGGUCGGCGGAUUCCGACGACGACAGUGACGACGAGCCAGCUCCGAAGGCUAAGGCAAAAGCAAAGGCGAAGCCUGAAGCCAAGCCUGCGGACGACGACGAUAGUGACUCUGGCGACGACGACCCAGCUCCAAAGGCAAAAGCGAAGGCUAAGCCCGCAGCCAAGCCUGCGGACGACGACAGCGACUCCGACGACCAGCCCGCUCCGAAGGCCAAGGCGAAGGCUAAGCCCGCAGCCAAGCCUGCGGACGAUGACAGCGACUCCGACGACCAGCCCGCUCCGAAGGCCAAGGCGAAGGCAAAGGCGAAGCCCGCAGCCAAGCCCGCCGACGACAGCGACGACGACAGUGACGAGGAGCCGGCUCCGAAGGCAAAAGCAAAGGCAAAGGCGAAGCCCGCAGCCAAGCCCGCCGACGACAGCGACGACGACAGUGACGAGCCGGCUCCCAAGGCGAAAGCAAAGGCGAAGGCCGCAGCCAAGCCUGCGGACGAUGACGACGACGACAGUGACGACGAGGAGCCAGCUCCGAAAUCAAAGGCAAAAGCGAAGGCCAAGGCCAAGGCCACAUCGAAAGACGACUCUGAUGACGAUGAAGACGAGGACGAGGCGCCUCCCAAGCCGAAGCCAAAGUUGGACGUUUCGGGCACUGGCAGCAAGGCGUCCGAGGAUAAGACGGUGUUUGUGGGUGGCCUCCCAUUCAGCGCCACAGAAGAGCAGCUGAGGAAGGACUUCUCCGAGUGCGGCGCGAUCGUCAAACUCAACAUGCCCAAGAACGAGGAGGGCAAAUCAAAGGGCAUCGCCUUCAUCACCUUCGAGACCGAUGACGCCAUCAAGGAGGCGUUGAAGUUCGAUGGAGACGACUACGGCGGGCGAACGCUGAAGGUCAACCGAGCAGGCGAGAAAGGCAAAGGCAAGGACGACAAGGGCAAAGGCAAAGACAAGGGCAAGGGGAAGGACGGCAAGGGCAAGCGCGACGACUCUCUUACCGUGUUCGUGGGCGGCCUUCCUUUCUCGGCGGACGAGGAGACGCUCAAGAAGGAUUUCCAGGAGUGUGGCGAGAUUGACAGAUUCAGCAUGCCCAUGAAUGAUGAGGGCCGGCCCAAAGGAAUCGCCUUCAUCACCUACAAGUCCGAGGAGGCGGUCACGAAGGCGCUCGAAUUCAACGAGACCGACUACGGAGGUCGCACGAUCAAGGUGAACAAGGCGGGCGACAGGCCUGCCAAGGGCAAGGACAAGGACGGCAAGGGCAAGGACGGCAAGGGCAAGGGCAAGGACAAGGGCAAGGGGAAAAAGGGCAAGAAGGGCGGCCUCAGCGGCGAGAAGAUGGCCGCUAGGGACGGGGCCAUGGUCGAGGGCACAGGCAAGAAGCAGACGUUCGACGACUCGGAGGAGGACGAGGCGCCUCCGGCGAAGAAGGCCAAGAAGGCUGCGAACGAGGAGGCCGCAGAGCCGCCGGCCAAGAAGGCCAAGAAGGCCAAGCCGCCUGUGGACAGCGACGACAGCGAGUAGUGUGCUGGCGAUUCCAUGCUUAUCACUGUCGUGCGGGAGGAGGGGUCAUUCGAAGAACCAUCCUCUGACCGCCUCGCCCGCGCCGCUUUCACGUCGAUCGCAGCAGGCAUUGCCCUUCGACUCGCACCCGCAUCACCGCCCACCUUGCCAGGGAGCCUGGACAGGCACGUGUCGCCCCGCCGGCGGGCGCUUAGAGCUGACGCUGGGGGCAAUAAGGUAGCACAGUGCCGCCGCCGCCGCCUGUCGAUAAAGUGGUCCUGUUCAGUGGCAGCGAUCCAGCAGGUUUUCGCCGCAUCCGCCAAGCCCGCCAUCCCUGUGGUUCGUAGACAACAGUUUGGACAGAGGGG